AUGGAGAGUGAAGUUCAUCGUCCCAUAGCUGACUAUCCAGCGAACAUCUGGGACGAUCUCUUAACUACUUUCUCAAAUAUUGACGUGGGGGGAAGUGAGACAUACAAAGAGAAGCAUUGUAUGCUAAAGGAGGUUGUGAAUGAAUCGUUUAUGGCUUCGAGAGCGAAUCCGAUAGAGAACAUUAAGUUCAUCGACGCUCUAUGUCGCCUUGGUGUCUCCUAUCACAUUGAGAGAGAUAUCGUAGAGCAAUUGGGGAAGUUAUUUGACAGUCUUGAUUUUAAUCGGAUGAUAAGACAGGACGGGUGCGAUUUACACACGGUGGGACUACUUUUCCAAGUUUUCAGGCAAUUCGGUUUCAAACUUUCCGCCGAUGUUUUUGAGAAGUUCAAGGACGGAGAUGGGAAGUUCAAAGGACACUUAGCGGCAGACGCAUGUGGUAUGUUAAGCUUGUAUGAAGCUGCACAAUGGAGUACUCAAGGAGAAGACAUUAUUGACGAAGCUCUCGCUUUUUCAAGCUCGUAUUUAAAAGAAAAUUCUUCUCGAUGUAGCCCCCAUCUCGCAGUACGCAUAAAAAAUGCCCUAAAACAUCCAUACCACAAAGGCAUCCCAAGGAUAGAAACGAGACAAUACAUCUCAUACUAUGAGGAAGAAGAGUCGCAUGACGCAACACUACUUGAAUUUGCCAAGAUAGAUUUUAAUCUACUGCAAAGGUUGCACCGCCAAGAGCUUGCUUGCGUUGCAAGGCGGUUCAAAGAAAUGGAGAUUGAAUCUAAAGUAACAUAUACAAGGCAUAGAAUAGCGGAGGCCUACUUGUGGUCACUUGGAGCAUAUUUCGAGCCUCAAUAUUCUCAAGCACGAGUUCUAAUAGCUAUUGCACUAAUCUUAUUCACAGCACUUGAUGAUAUGUAUGAUGCGUAUGGCACAAUGGAAGAACUUGACCUUUUUACAGAUGCAAUGAAAAAGUGGCUUCCCGUGGCCCCUGACGGGAUACCUGAGAGCAUGAAGUACAUUUACCGUAUCACGGUAGAUUUCUAUGAUAAACUCGAAGAGGGACUUGAGAAAGAAGGAAGGUCAGGUUGUGGCUUCCACCUUAAGAAAUCAUUGAAAACAACGGCUCAUGGAUAUAUGCAAGAAGCAAAGUGGUUGAAAAAAGACUACACUGCUACAUUUGACGAGUAUAAAGAGAAUGCGAUCGAGUCUUCCGGUUACUAUCCUUUGAUAGCCAUAGCAUUCGUGGGAAUGGGUGAUGUCGCAAAACUUGAUGCCUUCGAAUGGCUAAGCUCAAACCCCAAAAUUAGGGUAGCUUCUGAGCUAAUAUGUCGAUUCACGGAUGACAUUUCUAGCUACGAGUUUGAACACAAAAGGGAGCAUGUAGCAACGGGUAUUGACUGCUACAUGAAGCAAUUUGGUGUUUCUAAGGAAAAAGCCGUGGAAGCAAUAGGCAGUAUUGUUUCAAACGCAUGGAAGGACUUGAACCAAGAGCUAAUGAGGCCUCACUUAUGCCAUUUCCCUCUUUUGAUGCGAAUAUUUAACCUUUCGCGUGUCAUCGAUGUAUUCUAUAGGUACCAAGAUUCUUACACCCAACCGAAGUUCUUGAAAGAGCACAUAAUCUCUUUGUUCUUUGAAGAUAUACCCAUUUGA